GUGAGUUGCGACUGCUAAGGUAGUAGUACAAAAGAAGUGAUAUCUUUUUUGCCAAUUACGCAUGAUUUUUGUUCGUUCCAUACACAAAGACAAACAAGAAAGGGUUAAUGCACAAGAAUGUCAAUCUCAGUCCACAUGAAUCACUAACUGCUUUUACUAAACAUCAUUAUUCAUUUGCUUACCUAUAAAAUCUAACUUCAACAGAGAUUAUUAAUGUUUCAUUAACUUACCUAAUACCACUUUACAAAAUCCACAAUUAAAUUCAAUUAUUCAUUAAUCUCUACAAUCAAAUCAAAUCAUAGCAGGUACCUGCCUUGUUUGCUUCAUUUUUUCUGACUUUAUUCCCGGCAAUUCAUUCAUCUCACUUUCUUUUUUCCCUUUUCUUUUUUGAGUUGAGAAGAAAAAGAAAAGUGAUUAAAAUCUCACGCUUUUUUUUUUUUUUUAAAUUUUUGCUCAAAUUUCAAAACAAUCUCACAAAAUCAUCAUCAUCAAUCUUCUUCCUAUUCCCACCUCCUCGAAUCCCCCCAUCUAUCAAUGAUCCAUCAUCUCCAUGAUGUUGUCUCCAUCUCCAUUUUCUCUGCUCUGUGCUCUGCUCCUCUGUUUGCCUCUUGCCAUCAUCUUCACCACCACCACCCCUCCUUCCACCACCACCUCCGCCACCACAGAAACCCCUUCCGCCGCCGUCGUUAUUAGUUGUACAACCACUACCAUCACUGGUAAUAGUAAUAAUAAUAAUAAUAGUAUUAGGAUUAGGCCGCUUUCUGCAUUAAUACUCCCAACUCCAACAACUUCCCAAAAACCCCAAGAAGUUACCAAAGAUGCCAACUUUUCAUCUUCAACAGCUUCUUUCACUGAUUCUACAGCUGCCCAGAACGAAACAGAAGUUGAUUACAACGAUGAAGAAGACAACGAGCUGUUCAGGUUAGCGGGUCGGGUUAACUCGAAUCCGGAGCUAUCUCCAGGGAAGAGAAAGAAGGUGGCUUUCUUGUUUCUAACCACCUCCCCACUUCCAUUUGCGCCGCUCUGGGAGCUUUUCUUCAACCAGACGCCGAGAAAUCUGUACAAUAUCUAUGUCCACGCCGACCCGAGUGGUUCCGGUUACUCUCCGCCGUUCCGGGGCGUGUUUGGUAACCGGGUCAUUCCAUCCAAGCCGACCCGAAGACACACCCCCGCGCUCAUCGCGGCGGCGCGUCGUUUGCUCUCCCGCGCGCUCCUCCACGACAAGUCCAACUACAUGUUUGCUCUGUUAUCGCCUUCUUGUGUCCCUUUGCAUUCCUUCAACUUCACGUACAAUUUCUUAACCAAGUCGGGUCGGAGCUUCAUUGAAAUACUGAAAGACGAGCCCGGCGCGUACGAUCGGUGGGCUGCGCGUGGGGAGGAGGCGAUGCUCCCGGAGGUGAAGUUUGAGAAUUUCCGGAUUGGGUCCCAGUUCUUCGUGCUGAAGAGGAAGCACGCUCGUGCGGUGGCGCGUGACAAGAAGCUCUGGUCAAAGUUCAAGCUGCCUUGCCUGAGCACGAGCCUCGGCGCGUGUUACCCGGAGGAGCAUUACUUCCCGACCCUUCUAAACAUGGUGGACCCCGGCGGUUGCGUCCCGGCUACGCUGACGAGCGUGGAUUGGAACGGGAGCUUCGCGGGUCACCCGAGAAUGUAUCACGGGGCGGAAGUGGGUCCGGAGUUGAUAUGGGAAUUGAGAAAUCGAGAACCCAGAUACGGCGGGAGUAGUGGUGGUGGUGGCGGACCAACCAACGGGUCUGAUUUGGUCCGAAGGCGUGACCCGUUUUUGUUCGCCCGGAAAUUCUCGCCGGAUUCUCUGGGGCCGCUAAUGAGCAUUGCCGACGACGUCCUCUUCAAGGAUUGAUUAUCCAUCACUGGAUUUUUCUUUCUCUUUUUUAUUUUUUUCCCUCAUCCCAACAAAAUUGUUGAGCUUAAAAAAGGGCGGGACAAACCCGUACCUUUUUCCUUCUUUUUCUAUUUUCCCCUCUAAUUUCUGACUUUGGUCCUUAAUUUCCUUUGUAAAUAUAGACAAGUAUAGUAUAUAUAAAUUUAUGGCCUUUUC